GACUACGCUGCUGUGAUUAAAUCCAGAGAUGAGUACUACAAAGAGCAACUGGUUACUGGACAAGAAAUUCGCAUUCUCCGUGAUAAACUUCGUUGGUGCUACAUACGAGAAGGUGUCAACCAUUUACAAAACUGUCGCCAUCUUUCAACCCAGCUUAUGGAAGUUAUGCGU